AGUGGAAAAUAGCGCGAGACUCUUAAUGAGGCGGACCCUGCCAUACUCCACCUAGAGUCAGGUUAGUUCAGACUGUUACUACAACGAGAUGGAAAUCGACUGUGGCAACAAAGUGUUGGGAAGGGGAGGUUAUGCCACCGUCUUUGAAGGAGUAUGGGGAGUGAAUCGUCGUCCAGUGGCCGUGAAAAGAGUUUUCCUACACGCAGAAGGAACUCGACAAGAAGAAGAGGCGUUAAGAAAACUUGACCAUCCCAAUGUCAUCAAAUUGUUUCACGCUGAAAGUGGCAUCGUCCUCAGAUUUUUUGCUCUGGAACUGUGCCAAGCUUCGUUGGAAAGACUAUUUUUGAAAGAAGGGGAUCCUAGAAAAUACUGCGGACCAAUGCCUCCCCCGCUACAAGUUCUACACCAACUGGCCACGGGACUGGAAUAUAUUCACAGAAUGGAAUUUAUCCAUCGUGACUUAAAACCCGAAAAUGUUCUCAUCUGGGUUGAGCCUAGAACUCAAAAAGUCUUGAUGAAAUGGUCGGGUUUUGGAUUAUGCGAACAUGUUGAUGCAACAGGAAGCUACGUCAUCACUGAAAUUAAAGGAACCCUCAAUUACUUAGCACCUGAAAUUUUAAAAAUGAAAAUGCUAAGAGACACUAUGAAGAGAAAUAAUUUAGAACUGCAAAAGGGGACUCUCAAAAGCGACGUCUUUGGUGAAGGUCUCGUCUUUGGCUAUUUCCUUUCAAAUGGAAAACAUCCUUACGGAGGUGAUCACGCAGAAAUUCAAUCAAACAUUAUCGGCCAAAAUCCCAUCAAUAUGGAACAAAUAGAAGCGCAAUCUACACGAGAGCUACUUUUAAAGAUGUUGACUGAUGAACCAGAAAUCAGACUGUCAUCGUCGGAUGUGGUUAAAGCCCUUGAACAAAUGCAAAACUAAAUACGAUUUGGGUACGACGCGGAUAAGAACAAAUUAAAUAUGUGAAUAAAUUUAACGGAAUGAGAGUGAUUGCCAUUGGUUUCUAAUAAACAGCUUCUAGCGAACAAUGAAGAGGCGGAAGACUUAAUUCAAAAAUAACUAACCUUUACGAAUGCGCAAGU